AUGCCGCCCAAACCCCCCCUGGCCGCCCGCGCCCGCGGCGCCCGCAGGCCGCGUGCCAAGAAAAGCGCGCCGCCGCCCGCGGGCGCGGCCGGGCGCGAGGCGGAAGAGGCCGCCGGCUCGCCCGAAAACAGGCCGCGCCACGGGCCCAGCCAGUCGCUUCUCGGGCCCCACAACACGCUCAGACAGCUUCUAGCGGGCAGUGCCGCUGGGCCGGCUGCCGCCGCCACGCCACCGCGGAGAGCCGCCGGGGCCUUGCGCGCCCGGCUCUCGCUAUCGCCGGCCAGCUCCGCCAGCACGCCCAUGUCCCGCCUCAAACACGCCACCGCCCAGUUGGGCAUUCUGGCCGCGGGCGGCCGGCUGCCGGUCCGCUUUGACGACGUCGAGGCGGAACUGCCGCCGCCAAAAAAGCGCCGCCCCGGCCGGCCCCGCACACAGCAGGGCCGCCGGCCGCCCAAAAUCGAGGCGUUUCCGGACGACGACGACAGCUUCAUGGACCACGCGCCGCCCGGCCCUCCUGGCUCGGCGCUGGGGGCCCGGCCCGGGUUGUCGCGCCGGUCCUCGUACAACAACCGGGGCAAACGGGGGCUGUCGAUCGGGAACGGCUUCGUUGCCAAGCCGCACUCGGAGGUGUCCGAGACAGACUACUACAAGCACAUCGACUCGUCGAUGUCCGAGCCCAACCGCAUGCGCCAGCUUCUAGCCUGGUGCUUCCGCAAGACGAUGGAGAACGACAAGAGCGGCCCCGGCGGCGCCUCCAACGAGGCGCGGACGGCGGAGGGCGUGGCCAAGGCCAUCGAGCGCGAGCUUCUCGAGGAUAUCAUCAACGGCGCCAUCUCCACCAGCUGGUACAGUAUGAAGGAUGACAGGCCCGCCGCGCAGGACCACGUGCCGGGGAGGACCAUCAUUCGUCCCAACCCAUUGAAUGAGGCCAACAAGGAGAGCAUUGCGAUCUUCUCCGCCAAGCUCAAGAGCCUCCGUGCGGAAAAGGCCAGGCUCUUGGCGGCGUAUCAAGCCAGCGUGAAGGGCUUGGACGACCUACUCCUCGACCCGGGCGCCGCCCCGGAAGAAGCUCUUCGAGCGUACCUACGAGAACACCAAUCGGACAGGAGCGUCCAAGAAUCGACGCUCGGUGAACCGGUGCCAAAGGAGGUACAGCUGCACGUUCAGAAGGCUAAGUCCAGCGUGGAGCUCGAUCUAGAAUUGAACGUCGACAAGCUCCAUAAUCUUCUGCACCGGUUGAGGCAAAGUGCUGGUCUCGUGUCCAAGCUCCACCAAAACGUCCUUGCGCCGGAGUUUUCGGACCUUGUGCGCAAAUACGCACAUCGUGGCGAGGGCAAGAACGAGCCAUCCACCAGGGAACUAUUGCGGGGAAUCACCAAGCUAGACCGCGCGCGCAGACUCAAAUGA